CACAUUGUUCUCAUAUCAAACCCACCAUUAAUCCGUCAUGUUACAGCUUGAGCUUUUUCCUUACCUGCUCCUCUUCAUUCUUCCGUUCUUCUUCUUUGUCAAAACUUGCUUCACUUAUGCAACCAAUUACAAGAAUUCAUCCUUAUCUCCUGCAAUUAAGCUACCCAGAUCCUAUCCUUUACUAGGUUCCACUCUCACCAUAUCUGCCAACAGAGAUCGAUUCAAUCAAUGGGUCACAGAGCUUCUUCAAAACAGUGAGAAUGGAACCAUCAUCCUUCAACGUUCUCUCGGCCAUCGCCAUCUCAUAACUACCAAUCCCCUCAACGUCCAAUACAUCCUUAAGACCCAAUUCUCCUUCUACCCAAAAGGCAGUUUCUCUCAAGAGGGCCUCUCUGAUUUUCUUGGUUCUGGCAUCUUCAACAUCGAUGGUGAAAGCUGGAAGUUUCAGAGACAAAUCUCCAGUCAUGCAUUCAAUACCAAAUCCCUCCGGAAAUUCGUCGAGACAGUGGUCGAAGACGAGCUCUCUGACCGCCUUCUUCCUCUACUCUUGACCACCACCACUCAAAAAUCCGUUCUUGAUUUGCAAGACAUCCUUCAAAGAUUUGCAUUUGAUAACAUCUGCAAGAUUGCUUUUGGGUUCGACCCUAAGUAUCUUUCCCCUUCAUUCCCACAACCAGAAACUGAAUUUGCAGUCGCAUUUGAAGCAGCUACACUAUUAAGCAGUAAGCGAUUUGGUUCAAUUUUCCGAGGGAUAUGGAAAGUGAAAAGGGCAUUUGAUAUUGGGUCAGAGAAGCAAUUGCGAAUAGCAGCUACAAAAGUUCGUGAAUUCGCAACUAGUAUUGUAAGAGAAAAGAAACGAGAACUAGAAGAGAAAUCUUCAAUUGAAACAGAGGAUCUUCUCUCAAGAAUCUUGAAUUCCGGCCAUUUAGAUGAGAAUUUCGUUACAGACAUGGUGAUCAGCUUUAUAUUAGCUGGUCGUGAUACUACAUCGGCAGCAUUGACAUGGUUCUUCUGGUUAAUUUCCAGGAAUCCUCGUAUAGAAAAUGAGAUUUUGAAGGAGAUAAUAAAGGAGAAACCAGAAGGGGUUGAUCAUUUCGAUGAGGUGAAGGACAUGGUAUACACCCACGCUGCUCUCUGCGAGAGCAUGAGGCUCUACCCACCAGUCCCUUCUGAUGGUAAGCAAGCAGCAAGCGAUGAUGUGUUGCCAGAUGGGUCUGUAGUGAAGAAAGGCAUGCUAGUGUCAUAUCAUCCCUAUGCGAUGGGAAGGAUGGAGUCACUGUGGGGCAAAGAUUGGGCGGAGUUCCGCCCAGAGCGGUGGUUGGAGAAAGAGGAGAUUACCGGAAAAUUGAGGUUUGUGGGAAGGGAUUCAUAUACAUAUGCAGUCUUCCAAGCAGGGCCAAGGAUUUGCUUAGGGAAGGAAAUGGCAUUCUUGCAGAUGAAGAGGGUGGUAGCCGGAGUUCUGAAACAGUAUCGGUUGUUGCCGGCGGAGAAUGGUUUUGAGCCGGUUUUUAUCUCUCAUUUAACUGCCAAAAUGAAAGGAGGUUUCCCAGUGAAGAUUGAGAAGAGGGGUGGAUAGUAGAGAUUUGUGGGUUA